AUGGAGGAACUAAUGCUCUUCAGCGAGAUUGCAGAUCCUACUCGUUUUUUCACGAAUAACCUACUGAGCCAGGAGGAUUGGGAUCUUCGAAACUGUGCUCUCUAUACUGGCCUGGAUGAAGUGGCUGAGGAGCAGACGCAACUCUUUCGUUGUCCAGAGCAUGAUGUUCCGUUUGACAGCAGCUCUUUGGAUCUGGGAAUGGAUGCCAGCCCCCCUGAACCUCCAUGGGACCCUUUGCCUAUAUUCCCAGAUCUUCAGGUGAAGUCUGAACCAUCCUCUCCCUGCUCUUCCUCCUCCUUUAGUUCUGAAUCAUCACAUCUUUCUACAGAGCCCUUCAAUCAGGCCCCUGGUAUAGAGCAGGUUCUGAAUGUGAAGACAGAGUCCUUUUCACCCCCAUUUUGCCUCCUGGGAGAUGAUCCAAUAUCCCCAUUGGAAACUGUCCAAAUCAAUGUGGGCUCCACCUCUGAUGAUCCCUCAGAUGUACAGACCAAGAUAGAACCUGUCUCUCCUUCUUCCUCCAUCAACUCUGAGACUUCUCUACUCUCAGCAGAGUCUCCUAACCAGGCCCUCAUAGGAGAGGAGGUCCUGGAAGUGAAGACAGAAUCCCCAGCACCUCCAGGUUGCCUCCUACAAGAUGCCCCAAGUCCCCCAUUUGGAGCUGUGCAGAUCAGCAUGGGCCCAUCCUCUGAAGGCUUCUCAGGCAAAGCCUUGCCCACCCGGAAGCCACCUCUGCAGCCCAAGCCCAUAAUGAUAACCACUGUCCCACUGCCACCCAGAGCCGUGCCUCCUAGCACCACUGUCCUUCUGCAGCACCUCGUCCAGCCACCCCCAGUGUCCCCAGUUGUCCUUAUCCAGGGUGCUAUUCGAGUCCAGCCUGAGGGGCCGACACCCCCUGCCCCACGGCCAGAGAGGAAGAGCAUUGUUCCAGCUCCUAUGCCUGGGAACUCCUGCCCACCGGAAGUGGAUGCAAAGUUGCUGAAGCGGCAGCAGCGGAUGAUUAAGAACCGGGAGUCAGCCUGCCAAUCCCGCAGAAAGAAGAAGGAAUAUCUUCAGGGACUGGAGGCAAAGUUGCAGGCGGUGCUCACCGACAACCAGCAGCUGCGCAGGGAGAAUGCUGCCCUCCGCAGGCAGCUUGAGGCCCUGCUGGCUAAGAACAGUGAGCUCAAGUUAGGGUCUGGAAACAGGAAGGUGGUCUGCAUCAUGGUCUUCCUCCUCUUCAUUGCCUUCAACUUUGGACCUGUCAGCAUCAGUGAGCCUCCCUCGGCUCCAGCCUCACCUCAAGGGAGCGGAGAAGAACCUCGGCCCCGGAGGCACCUGCUGGAGUUCUCAGAGCAAGAGCCAGUUGAUAGAGUCACUCCCCUCCAGGAGUCGUCCCAGGGGCCUGAGGAACCCCAGCUCAGGCCUGUAAGCCGAUCCAGUUUCAGGAAUCUGACAGCCUUCCCCGGAGGUGCCAAGGACCUACUACUGAGAGAUUUGGACCAGCUCUUUCUCUCCUCUGAUUGUCGGCACUUUAACCGCACUGAGUCCCUGAGGCUUGCUGAUGAGUUGAGUGGCUGGGUCCAGCGCCACCAGAGAGGCCGGCGGAAAAUCCCUCAGAAGGCCCAGGAGAGACAGAAGCCUCAGCUACGGAAGAAGUCACCUCCAGUUAAGCCAGUCCCCACCUGGCCACCAGGACCUCCAGAAGGGGGCUUUGUGGGCCAGCUGCAGCUCUAUCGCCACCCGGACCGUUCCCAGCCAGAGUUCCUAGAUGCAAUUGACCGACGGGAAGACACAUUUUAUGUUGUCUCCUUCCGAAGGGACCAUUUACUGCUCCCAGCCAUCAGCCACAAUAAGACGUCCCGGCCUAAGAUGUCCCUGGUGAUGCCUGCCAUGGCCCCUAAUGAAACUCUGUCAGGCCGAGGUCCCCCUGGGGACUAUGAGGAGAUGAUGCAGAUCGAGUGCGAGGUCAUGGAUACCAGGGUGAUUCAUAUCAAGACCUCCACGGUGCCCCCCUCACUCCGAAAACAGCCGUCCCCAACCCCUGACAACACCACAGGGGGCCCCUUGCCAGCUCCUGCCGCCAGCCAGGCCCACCAGGCCUCCCACCAACCCUUCUACCUCAAUCAUCCCUGA